AUUGUCCUGGCACUGUGCCUAUCAUAAUACACUAAAUUUAAAUAUUUACGGUUAGACAGUAAUGAAUGCCAUUACAAGCUUCUCUUUGUGUGCCUCUAAUAGUGCAAUUGGAAUAAUCUCUCUCUGAAUCUGUUUCUAUUAUCUGUUUGUAUUAUUUUUCUAUUCAUGUUUGACUAAAUUAUCGAUGUCUUUCGUGACACGCGAUGGUGUAAUCUGGAACGUUUAAAAUGCGCUUCAGGCUGGAAAAGGGGCCGAAAAAGCGUUUGCAAAAUUUGUACAAGCUGCACAAAAAUUUGGGCACUAGCUGGCAGGUCCAAACGAAACUAUUUUUUGAGCAUUCGACGCUACAUGGAGUUCGAUACAUUGCCGAAUACGGCCGUCCUUUUUUGGAAAGAUUUAUGUGGUUUUCGUGUGUGGGAAUUGGGGCCGUUGCCACGGCUGUCAUUAUAGUGAGUCUAUGGGACAAGUUCCAGACAAACCCAACCAUCACAGGCCUCGACACUGAUUUCCACAACUGGAAAGUGCCAUUUCCGGCCAUUACGGUGUGUCAGGAAAAGCCCUACAAUUUGUCACGAAUUGAGGAAUAUUUUGAAGACAAAUAUUCGGACCCGUCUUUGGGCUACUCUGUCGGACUUUUGACCGAACUCACCAAACUCUCGUUUGAUUCGAUCCGGGAGCUCACAUUUAAAAUCAAGCCUUCGGCUUCCAACACCUUCGACUUGAAGGAAGUUGCUUUCGAGCUAAUGAACCGUUGCGAGGAAAUUUUCGAAAGCUGUGAAUUCAAGUCGUACAAAAGCAACUGUUGCGAGGACUUUUUCCCAGUUUUUACCGAAAAGGGGUUUUGCUACACUUUCAAUUCCCGACACUACGAGAAAAAACUCCCUUGGAACGAUACAGUUGUGCCCGAUUUUCAAAUGCGGUACAUCAAAGAAACCGACCUUGCGUGGUCUCUGAAAUUUACAGUCAAAGACACUUCAGUUAACAUGCCUAUUUACAUACUUAAUUCGGACGAACAAGCCGGCUUGGACAUUCAGCCCCAACAUAUUUGGGACUACAAAAUCAACAAAAUCUCGUUUUCAGUCAAACAAACUUACACCACCGAAGACACGAAACAAUUAUCAAUUAAACAGCGGCACUGCGUUUUUUCAGACGAAUUGAAAUUGCAAACUGAUAACAUUUACACCUACACGGCCUGUACCAGGCAGUGCCGAAUGGACAAUUCGAUGCGUUUGUGCAAAUGUGUACCAUUUUUUUACCCUCAGAUCGGUGGCUAUAAACAUUGCUCCCUUUUGCAACUUUCUUGCAUUUGGGAAAAUCUGGACAGUAUCAAGUCAGUGGACCGUUGCUUUUGCAACUUGGGGUGUUCUAACACGGUUUAUGAAGUGGAAAAAUUAACAGAAGCAACCGGAGAUUCUGGUCGCAAUGAGUUGGAGGCCAGGUUUGUUUCCUGGCCCAUGGUUCGCUACAAACGCGAAGUUUUGUUCGGAUGGGUCGAUUUGUUGGUGUCUUUUGGUGGAAUUGCUGGGUUAUUUCUGGGCUUCAGUCUAUUAUCAGGGGUCGAAAUUUUGUACUAUUUCACAAUCAGGGCUUGCUGCAUGGUAGUGCGUGAAAAACGCGAACUGGAGAAAAUUCAGUUUGAGCAAAAAACGAAAUUGCCCGAAGAUUACGAUUUGAGUUUAAUGCCCUAUUGUUGUUUUGACCCGUUUCCGGGAAAUGGAAUAAAUCAAGUGGCAAAGAGCUACUACCACGAAAAUUUGUACCAAAACAAAAUUGCGCCUUUGGGGAAGGGGAAGUGGAACCCGUCCGAGAAAAUUUUGCCUCCGUUCGGUAUAGAAUUUAUUAAUUAAGUAAUUCUCACCUGGCACAAGUCACAUUGAUACAAUACUUGGACAAAAAUACUUUUCGUGUGUCUAAAAUAAGUACAAAUACCAUUAUAUAAAAAGAGAAAGGUACACAAUAAAACUCUACAAAAUCA